UUCCAAAAAUUCACUAACAAUCCCAUGUCUUGUUUUGCAUGUGCCUAUAUAUAAAAAAGAAGAUAAGACCAAAGUUUUUGCUAUAUCUCACACAUUGUUAUUUGUUAUUUUAUGAAAUCUUGUUUGUUCAAUUUCAAGAAAUUUGGUCACAUGGAGAAGAUUACUAAUCAAGAUCAGCAUGAAUUAUGGAUGAUAGAUGAAGGCAAUGAAUUAGAUCAAAAUGGUGAGAUAUGUGAUAAUAAUAUGAUUAGCCAUUCAUCUUCAUCAUCAGUUACAUCAUCUAUUGGUGAAGGAUCUUCAUCCAUCUCUAAUGGAUCUUGUUCAUCUUCACUAGACACAACAGAUGAUGCAUCUUCAUCACCCUCUUCUUGUUCACCUAAUUCUGAUGGAGCUUUGUAUGACUUAUCAUCCCUCAUGUCACAAUUACCCAUUAAGAGGGGACUAUCAAAGUUUUAUCAAGGCAAAUCACAGUCUUUUACAUCUUUAUCAAGAGUGACAAGUUUAGAAGAUCUUGCUAAAAAGGAAUCACCUUAUAAAAGGAGAAUGAAGUCUUGCAAGAGCUAUGGUGGUGGAUUGGAUUCGUACAAAUCGUAUACUCUUCCCAAGGCAACUAUAUUGAAGAAAGCCUCAAAGAGUUCAUCAUUUUCAGCAUCUUUUACUAAUGGAAAGGCAAGUUUUAUCAGCAGGAGCAGACCCCCUCUAGUUCCUGUGCUUGAACAACAUAGGAUCUAGUGUACUAGAGAGAGGAGCAGACCCCCUCUAGUUCCUGUGCUUGAACAACAUAGGAUCUAGUGUACUAGAGAGUAAAUAAGGAGAGGGUAGUAUUUAUUCAAAGAAUGAAAGAGAGAUCUAGAGAGUUAAGAGAGUUGUGUAUACUUCAAUUUUGGAUAUGGAUAUGUUAUUGCAGGAGUAUAUAUUGUUUGCCCUUGCAAGUUCAAUGGAAACUGAAAAAAAAAAAAAAAAGUGAUGAUAAA